CAAGCAGUUACUCUGAGCUGAAUACCACACCAUAUCUGACUCCAUUUCACAACUCCAUCUAUCGACCAACAACCAACAUGGCCACCACCUUCAAGAUUUACUUCACCAACUAUUCUGGCUUCAACAACAAUUUCGCGUUCUUCAGUGCUCUGCCCGAAGUCGUGAACAGUGGUGAAAGCCCAGUCUAUGGGAAUGUCAUCGCUAGCCAGUUCGUUCCCAACGAUAAAGGCGACACCACCUUUGAAAUUGAUGUUACCCUGACUUACUAUGCCUGGACCAGUGUCUCUCCAGUCGAUGUCAAGACGCUGCCUGGCCAAAAUGUGGUGACCAGGAUCAGCAACUCAAAGCUCGCUCAACUUGGCACCACGGACUCUCCCGGAAGCACUUUCAACUUGAUCGACCAAGGGGGCAACCCCACCUUCGCACCUCCCACCACUUUUGAGGCACCUCCUGGAACUUUUCAGAUUAGCUCCAAACCAAAUGCCUUUCAGCCGGCUCAAAAUUUCAUCUGCGGCCUAGGCUCUGUUGACGGCAAUGGCCAGCGGAUUCCUGUUGCGACGUUCGCGGCCCAGCCCAACACCGUUGCCACUAUCACACCUAUCGUCAAGUUCUACAUUGCGCAGUUUUCAGCCGUACAGGGAACGGUGAUCGAUGUUACCCUUCGUUCAAACCAGGCCGCCAAAAUCGACUUUACUGGAACGGGGCUUAACGCCGCUUUCAUUAAGCAGGUGCAAGGUGGCGGCUGGGAUAUCACAUACGGCACCGCAAAGGCAAUGUCUGAGCUCGCUAUCGCUGAACGCAACCAAACCGGGCCCGGUUUACAGCCUUCGCAGGAUCAAACGCUGAGGAAGGCUCUAGAGCUCUUGCAGAAUCUUUUGGAAGUCCAGAACAAUAUAUACAGUUGCAAGCUCACGUGGACGAUUGACGAUAUCCGGCAGAGGGCUGGCGUCGUCCAGUCUCUCCUGGACUCAAUGCGGCAGCUGGGCUACACCAUUACGCCCAUAAAGGCAGCAGCCUCGAAUCCGGCACCAUUCAAGGUCGAGUCAAACCGCCCAGUCGCUGAAGUUCGAGUGGAUUGGGCAACCGCCGUUGAUGCUCACCCUGCCGUGGCCAAAGACCCCAAGACAAUCGAUGCCAACAUGUUCGAAAGCCAAGUGAAUGGAUCGAACGGGCAUGAGAACUCGUAUGACAACGAAGAUCGGAGCGGAAACCCAGAGUCGAAUGGGGAUCAUGAUACCUACCGUAGCAACGGCCGAAGCUCUGCCCAGCUUGACCAGCUUCUAAAGAUGCUCAGUUUGGCUGCUCAUUGAGUGAGGGAUGACAAUGAGUAAAACGUACCGGUCACCAGUCUUCCAUUAUCUGUCUUGGGUGUCUACUUUAUGCGGCUUCUUUUCUUUUGAGUCGUUCAAUCGAGGCGGAAAGUUCUGUGAUUUUCUCAUUACUGGCUUUCCACACACUUCUUGACUAUUUCCGACUGGGGAAGGAUGUUUGAGGGUAAAGGCGAUAACUUUCAAUGGCAAGAUCGAGGUCGGGAGAGUAAGGGAAGAAAUUGACAAACAAGGAAUAUCAGUGAAGCGCUAAGCACUCAUUUCACCAUAUCGACAAGCACACACACUCAUUCAAGGUAGCAAAACAAACAACCAAUAAACCCUAUUAGCGC